AUGAAUUGCAGCGUACUGGUCCUAGGUGCUGGUGGACUUGGAUGCGAGAUCCUUAAGAAUUUGGUGAUGUGCAAUGUCUCAUCCAUUGACAUUAUAGAUAUGGAUACCAUUGAAUUGACAAAUUUAAAUCGACAAUUUCUUUUCUCCGAUCAGGAUAUCGGGAAACCAAAGGCUACGACGGCAAUUAAAUACAUUAAGACACAUUUUCCAAACUUACCAAUUAAAUUAAAUCCAUUGGUUUGUGAUUUAACUACUUUAAAUAAUGAAUUUUAUGAAAAAUUCGAUUUUAUUAUAUCUGGAUUAGAUGCCAUCAAACCGAGAAGAUUCGUUAAUGAAAUUAUAGCUCAAAUAGCUCAUAAAACAUCAUUUGAAAAAGUUAUACCCUUCAUUGAUGGUGGUACAGAGGGAUUAAAGGGUCAUGUAAAGACUAUAAUACCUGGUUUUACUGCAUGUUGGGAAUGUUCAAUCAAUACAUUACCUAAAGGUCAAGAUAAUUUACCGAUGUGUACAAUCAUUAAUAAUCCACGAAAUUUAAAACAUGUUAUCGAAUAUAUAAUUACAAUUAUAUACCCUUUGGGUUCCAUCAAGUGGGAAGAAGAUUCUAUCGAAGACAAUACUGAUAAGAUAUAUCAAAAUAUAUUGGAUGCAUCUUUCAAAAGAGCUAAAGAAUUUAAUAUUGAUACAAAUGAAUUGAAUCUUGCGUACGUAAUGGGAGUCAUCAAAAGAAUAAUUCCCAGUGUAAGUUCAAUGAAUGCAAUGAUUGCAGCUAACACAUGUAAUGAAUUUCUAAAGAUUUAUCAUGACCUAAUAGACGUAACUGAUUCUGGUAACAUCCAGGCAAACAAUUUUACCAUCCUAAAUGGUGCGGAUGGUUGUUUCUCCUACAGUUUCCAAUAUGAAAGACUGACAGAUUGUCCCGUAUGUUCGAAACUAUAUUCCUAG